ACCUCUUCGUCUCCUUCCUCUUAAGUUUCCCCCCUCUCUCUCUUUUUAUUUUAUUUUUUUAUUUCCUCCAUUUUACGCCGUCUUCCCUUCGCUUCAAAGGUCGUUUCUUUCCCGUUUCUUUCAGUAAAAAGGCGUUUCUUUUUCAAUUCUGGGAUAAAUUGAGGGCUAAAUUCUGCAUUCCGACCCCAAUUAACUCAGGCUGAGAUCAAGAUAUCAAACUUUGCUGUGAAAACUAAGCCGGGAUCGAGGAAAUGAUUUGCAGCUGUCUUGUGUAAAUGCAGCUUAGGAUUCAAGAUGACAAGUCUUCAGGGAAUGUUUGCUUGAUGGACAGUUCUUCAAGCUGCAGCGAUAACAAAAAGUUAAAGAGGUGGUUUUUCCUGGACAAGAGGGUUGGAUAGUUGGGAUUUUUAGAUAAGUUGAUUGCAUAGCUCAAUAUAUAACUGUAUUCUGACUAAGUUAGUUAUCUCACUCACUGACAUAAGAAGCAAAGUUAGUCUCUAGUUUAAGGUUCCUGUUGGCUGCAAGCAAACUGGAUUCUAUAGACAUGAUUUCAGGCCAAACCUCCUCUGUUAUGUCUGAUCCAACUCCCAUUAAGGAGAGAGUAGGUAUUCAUCCAAGCUUAAUGCCUUACUCACAGACUGGAACAUCAUUCUCAAAGGGGAUGUAUAAUAUACCAAUUCCUAAGAAAAAGACCAGCAUGCUUGAAGAUGUUCUGUCUAAUGGUUGGUUAGAUGCCAUGAAAUCUUCCUCUCCUCCUCGCAAGAAGCUUCUCAAGGACUUCAAUGUCGCUGUUGCUUCAGAUGACACUGAUUUUGUUUAUUCGUCUUGGAUGAAGAAGCAUCCAUCUGCCUUGACUUCCUUUGAGGAAAUCAUAGAUUUUGCUGAGGGUAAGAAGGUUGCAAUCUUUUUGGACUAUGACGGGACCCUUUCUCCAAUUGUUGACGACCCUGAUCGUGCACUUAUGUCCGAUGAUAUGCGUUCUGCUGUAAGAAAUGUCGCUAAGUAUUUUCCAACAGCGAUCAUCAGUGGAAGAAAUCGUGAUAAGGUGUGUGAUUUGGUAGGACUUUCAGAACUACACUAUGCUGGUAGUCAUGGGAUGGAUAUCAUGAGCCCAGUGCACAAACUGUCGAAUGGCCACUCUAACACUAAUGACUCUACUGACAAGCAGGAUAAGGAAGUAAGUCUGUUCCAGCCUGCUACCGAAUUUUUGCCCAUGAUCGAUGAGGUUUUUAGAACCCUUGUCGAGAAGACUAAAGGUAUUAAAGGUGUGAAUGUUGAGAACCACAAGUUCUGUGCAUCUGUACAUUACCGUAAUGUUGAUGAGAAGAAUUGGCCUACUAUUGCUCAGCUUGUUCAUGAAGUUCUUAAAAGUUUCCCUCGUUUACGUUUAACUCACGGGCGUAAGGUUUUAGAGGUUCGACCCGUAUUUGAUUGGGACAAAGGGAAAGCAGUUGAAUUUCUGCUAGAAUCCCUUGGCCUAAGUAAAUGUGAAGAAGUGCUCCCAAUUUUCAUAGGAGAUGACAAAACUGAUGAGGAUGCAUUUAGGGUGCUACGCAAUGGAAACCGAGGCUAUGGUAUAAUAGUAUCCCCAAUUCCAAAAGAAACCAAGGCAUUCUACUCUCUCAGGGACACUUCAGAGGUUAAACAAUUUCUGGAGGGCUUGGUACAGUGGAAAGAGCAGAGGUACAACUCAAAGAGGAGCACCAAUUAAUUCAUAGACUAUUUUUAGGGUAGAGAUCAAAUUUUCCAUUUAUGCAGCAAAGGCUGCCUUGCAUUAUUUACAACUUUCAGUCCAUGCUUGUAAUUUUAGUUUCUCUCAUUUUCAUGUUUUUUAUUUACUGAAAAUUUUCCGCGGUCUCUUCCAUCUUCUAAAGUAAAUCUAUGUUUUUUUUGGGUGGAGAGCAAUCUCAGUUAAAUGUCUAUCGUCAACUAUUGGCAAGUUUUUGGUCUUUUUUUUACUAUAUUGGUUUUGUGUUA